AUGAGAGUGGUGAACCGGAUAGCCACUUUUGGCCGAUUCUAUUGCCUGGCAUUGGUAGUGAUACUACUGCCCGGGCCCUCGUGUAGUGAAGCGUACGAAGCCAGAAACGAUGACGUGACCAAAAGUUUGCAUCAGCCAACAGCUGCGACACGGCAGCUGAGUGCCAGCGUCAACACCCGCCGCACGGCCAACAUUGUGGGCGCCGAGUUCAUCAGCUUCUACGCCAACCCGCAGGACAUUUUCGACGGCCAAGGCAAUCCGAUCAGUGAAACGAGUUUCCUGAUGGCGCAGAGUCUCGGUCAGGCUUACCUGAAGGUCGUUGCCGACUCGUCGCAGCUUCAUCUGCAAACGGCCGGUGGCCAGAGUGUUAUCGGGGGGCCCGAUACCGGACGACUGGUGCACAUUACGGCCACUGCCUGGCAUGCCUUCUACGAGUGGGCCCGACGGGCCGAGUUGGUGCCGGUGUUCGUGCUCGACUACCCGGCCGGUAGUGGCGGUGAAUGGAAGCCCAAGAGCGCGCUUCAAAUCCUGUCCGCAGCCAGCAGCCUCGGUAUCAACGAGUGCCGGUGGCAGUUGGGAAAUGGUAACGUUACUGACGGCGCCAAGUAUGUCGAAGACCUGAGAACGUUUCGGAUGAUGCUGAAGGCUUUCCCCAAGCACCGCGAUCACUGGAGUGUGGUGGCCUGCGAGCUUAACCCGGAGAGGGUGUCACUGGAGGAGCUGCAGUACCUUCAGGCCAACAUGGAGACGCUCGUCGAUGCAGUGACCAUUAGCAAGUACGAUCAAGAGGAGGGCUCCGCUUGGAACCACACAACACUGCUACGGGAAAUCAAUCUACGGGGACUCGCCGGACGCCACCGUGUUCCGAUUUGGCUCGAUUUGAUCACACCGAGAGACGCAGACCGUAAUGCCGUUCGAUCUACGUCCGGUUGCUGUGGCAUGUGCUUACGGGAAGGACUCGAGUAUGCAAGAUUCCUGGGCGAAGCGGCACGCAGUGGUGUAAGCGCCGUCUUCAAGUCGCUGCACCGACACGACAUCCAACAGUACACCCUGAGCUACGUCGUGGCACUGCUGCACCGACGUACGAUCGGUCGUAAGGUGUUCUCGGUGCAGCACCGACUUACGGUCGGCGAUCGCGGAAGCCCUACACCCUGCCGGACGUCGGUCUAUGCAUACUGUGCCCGCAAUCACACCGGCUCGUUGACCGUGGUGAUCGUCAACGAGGACACCGUCGGCGAGGCUGCCAACGUGACGAUCAAUUUGCAGACCCGCGCCCUGACGUCACCCGUCGAGCUGUAUCUUGUCAACGUACAGAGCGGCCAGGCGAUGGUCAACAACCGGGCGUUCGACGACGCCAACGAUCCACCGGUUAGUCCUGUGACCGCAGUGACGUCUCUUACGAACGGAGCCACUUUCUACGUGCCAGCGCAAUCCAUUCUGUACGCGAUCCUGCCCGGUGUGCAGGUUCGUGAGUGCCGCAACGAUCACCCGUCCGACGAUCGGGAGCAUCUGAGGAGCCCUUCGGACGAUCGUACCUCGGCCGAUGCUCUGCUGCAGGAUCUGAUCGGUGACGUGGUGAGCAAUGUGCCACUGGAGCCCCUACAACGAAGACGCCGUUGGGCGGGGAAUGACCUAAUGGAACUACCUGCCAGCGGUCGCCAGAAGCGAUUUCCUUCUCGGAUCGCUGGCCCUCCACAAGAUAGCGAUCCUGCGGAAAGCCUCGCGCAAGCAAAUGAGGAGACGGCAUCGCCCGGUCGGAGCGCGCGGGGUCCACGCCAGACCCAGGGCUACAAGCGCCAGCAAAGGCGUCUACGGCAGAAGGAAAAGCGCACCGAGAAACGCCAUCUGCGCAAGAUGAAACACCCGUUGCGGGAAUCGCUGCGCGAGCGUACGAAACGCGGCGAGCGCAUCGAUCGCCCGCUGAACCGUCAGCACCAGCGGCUCUUGAAGCGAAUGUCGGCCAAGUUGGCCAACCCGAAAACGAAACGAUCCUCGUUGGCCGAGGCAGUCAACGAACCGCCCGCGUUCGUAGGCAGCGAGGAGACGGUCGACGGACACCGAUCCAACUUCCCACUCGGGGACGUCCAUCUGGUCAUUUCGAAGGCCAGUGGUGACAUGGACUACAUGGCGGAUGAUGCCGACGGAGCUGUAGAUGGAUGGUCAGAGCCGAAACCACAGCGGAAUCGGGGCAUGACGCCACCUGGCGCAAGAAGAAGGAUCUCCAUCAAGCAGCGGGACUUCCGGCGUAAGGCCGCUACCGAUGACAGUGGCGAAGACUGCGACAGUCGCCGUCGCCGUCCAUUCCGCGUGGGAGAGGCGGAACACGAUAUGGAGACGAAAGAAACGAAGCGUAUCGAUCGCUACAUGACGAUCGUGAAGGAGAGGCCGACCGAGCGAGACCAGCGCGAUCGCGGUGAAGUACGCGAUGGGGUUAUCGUGGCGUCCCUUGCGCAGCCAACCACGGAUCGGAGCGUCGAUGAACGGUACCAGGAGGAGAUGCGCGAACAAGACACGGAGAGCCACUCCGAGGGAAUGCUCUCUAACGUGCUUGAUCAGGAAUCGUUGGAAAUGGUUGGGGAGGAGUCUAACGAGGCACCAGCGUACGAGGAGCCUCCAGUGACCGAGGAAGAGGAAAUCGCCCUCUACACGCCCGCACCACGCGCCAACAGCGAGGAGCGGCAGGACCUGUACCGGUUAGAGGACAGCUGGUCGCUGGAGUCCUCAUCGGCGGAGGUCGCCGAAGUGCGGCCGCGGUACAAGCGCUCAGAGACGGAACCGUCGGUGGUGGCGUCAGAACGGGACAUCGAACGGUUGGAGGACUUCUUCCGGAACAACGCCAAGCUGCAGCAAAAGUUUGCCGAAAUGUUCGAUCUGAUGCUCGAGGCGAUCGAGGAGCUCGAUUCGGACGAGAACGAUGCGAGCGAGAGAGGGUCGGCCAGUGACGAGAAGCACGAGCCAAAAAAGAGGCGCACCAAGCGAAACGUUCUACUCCAUCCGCAGUCCUGGGAGGCUCGGGAGCGAUCGAACAUGAUCCAGCGGAAGGCUUCGUCGGUGGAGUCGCGCGAGAACUACGUCGAACCUCCGGUGGCGUCACGGGCGGGGACACGCCCGAGUGCGACGACGGAAGCUGACCACGAGCAUGAGCACCCCGACGAGACCAUCGACGAGGGCAGACCCGGAGCGUACGUCAUCCGGACGGUGGUGAACUUUAUGCGUAAAGCGACGAGCGAUUUUCAUCAGCUAUUUUCCGGAUGGUUCGGCAAGCCAACGUCCUGA